AUGAAUAUAAAGAUUGUUAUUAUCUCAAUUCUGAUUUUAACAACAUUUACUUAAACCACAGGAUAAGAUUGUACUUAAUUGAGUUGCAUAGCUACUGGUGCACUUAAAUAAGAAUACACAUCAAGAGUACCAUAUAAGUGUAUGGAAGGUAUAUUAGAAUAUGAUUGAUUAAAAUAGGAUAUUAUUGGGGAGGACAAUCAUGUUAACCUUGUAAACCAAUAUAGGGUGGACAUUAUGCUUGUACAUCUUAUUGGGGAACUGGUACAUUAUAUUGUUUACCUGGAUGGAUAAUUCUAAAUGGGUAACAUAACAUAUAACAUCAAUAGGGUUUGUGUAAAUAUGCCAAAUGGAUGCUUAACUUACUAGUUAAAUAAGGAUUAGAAUGCUUAUAUUUGUGGUUCUUGUGAUAGUGGAUUCACUUUGAUAGCUGGAGUGUGUGUAGAAAAUUAAUAAUGUGUUACUUACAGCAGUACUAGAUAUGUGUGUACUUAAUGUUAAUAAGGAUAUUAUUUGAAUNACAAGUAAAAAUUUAAAUUGUUUGACAUGCACUGCAAAUGGUGAUAAUUCUGGAUUAUAAUGUACUUCAUGUUAAUCUGGAUAUGUUAUUGAUUCUACAAAUAAUGUUUGUGUUGCAUGUUCAAGUGGAUGCACUAAAUGUACUUUAAUUGCAGCAACAUAAAAUACAUAAUAAAGUACUUCAUGUAGUAAUUGUAAUGAUGGAAAUUAUUUGGAUAAUAUUACUGGAAGAUGUUUUGCUUGUCCAUAUGAUUGUAAAACUUGUGAUACAAGAUAUGUAAUUAUUAUUUUAUAAUAUUAUAGACAUGUUCAACAUGCAAAGAUGGAUAUUAUUUGAAAUAAUCAUAAACUACAUUAAAUGCCAAAUAAUAUACCUUUAAACCAUGUUAUCCAUGUUAAUCUAAUUGUGCAACAUGUACAGGUCCAAAUGGAAAUGUUUGUUUAUCUUGCUCAUCUGGAUAUGUUAUGUAAAAUGGUGGUUGUGUUAAUUUAUAAUAAACAAUCCUAAAUGAUUAAAACAAAUACAAUUAUGCAAACUGUUAUCAACUUGAUCCAAAUAAUAGUGGUUGUCUUAAUUGUUAAGCAGGAUUCUAUUUAGAUGCUUAAAAAGUUUGUUAAGAAUGUGUUUCUCCAUACAAUAACGUAAGAUAUAUAAAUUAACAAUUAGUUUGUUUGUGGUCUAAAAGCAGUAAGUCCAACAAAUCCAGUUGGACCAAGUCCUAAUCCUACUCCAGGUCCAACUCCAACUGAUACCACUAUCUAAAUUGGUUAAAAUCCAGUUCCACCAAGUUCAUAUUCAAUUAUGUUGGGAAUGCUAAUAAUCAUAGUUUUACAAUGAGC